UUAAUAAUACCAUCAAGAAAUUCAUAAUUGAGGUAACCAACAGUCACAUUGAUAUUAUUCCUUAGUCUAUCCCUUACCACAUAAAUACCUCGUUAACCGUUUCGGAAAUUUUGUUUAGUACUUUAGGCUCGAUUAGUGACCUACCCAAGUGGAUUCUUCAUUACUAGAGCUACGAUCAUCAGUCAGGCCGUAUUAUGACAAAUUAGGGAAUGACUCUUAUGUGGGCGACUACGUUAUUGGGCAGCAACCCCACAGGUACCCCCAGGUUGCCCCUCUGAGGAGAAUGUUCUUUAUACCCCUCAUCCGUUAUACUAGUAAAGGCGGCUAGAAUGUCUUAACCCUAUUUUUAUAGUUAGAGCUUGGAAACGUAUAGACGCGGAAUUUCUCAAAGGUAUAAUGGGAAAGAUAAACAAAAUCGAGUAUUUUCGGCUGCCGCCGCGUUGGUUAUUCGUCAAAAUCGUGGAUGACACAGGUUGUUAUGGAUGGGGUGAAGCUUCCUUAGAAGGACAUACGCAGGCCGUGGAAGGUUGUCUUGAUUCUUGGGCGGAAAAGUAUAUAGGAUACGAAGCCGAUGACAUCGAGCACAUAUGGCAGCUAUCAUAUCGUGGAGGUUUUUACCGAGGGGGACCUGUUCUCAUGAGUGCCUUGAGCGGGAUAGAUAUUGCGCUAUGGGACAUGAAAGCUAGGAAACUGAACGUUCCAAUCUAUCAGCUGCUGGGUGGAAAAGUCCGAGAUAAACUGCGCGUAUACGCAUGGAUAGGGGGUGACCGCCCAAGUGAUGUGGAGACACAAGCAAAUGUCCGUAAAGCCCAAGGAUUCAAUGCGGUCAAGAUGAACGGUACCGAAGAUCUCGGAUGGCUAGACUCUCCUCGCAAGCUCGAGGAAUGUGUGGAACGUGUUAAAGUAGUGAAGGCUUUGGGUCUCGAUGUCGGGGUAGAUUUCCACGGACGAGUGCAUAAGCCGAUGGCAAAGCAACUAGUUGCCAAACUAGAGCCUUACGACCCCCUAUUUGUCGAGGAGCCAUUGCUAAGUGAGAAUAUUGGCGGUAUCAAGGACAUUGCUGCUCGUACGCAUUGCCCAAUCGCGCUUGGCGAACGUCUUCACAACAGAUGGGAUGUGAGACCGUUCUUGGAAUCCGGAUGUGUUGAUAUAUUGCAGCCAGAUAUUUGCCAUGUUGGCGGGAUAUCUGAGAUGCGCAGAAUCGCUUCUGCUUGCGAGACAUACGACGUUGCGCUGGCGCCGCACUGCCCAUUAGGGCCAAUCGCGUUAGCGGCAAACGUCCAGGUUAACGCUGCAACCUCGAACUUCGUGAUACAAGAGAUGAGUCUCGGUAUUCACUACAACGUUGGUGGGCAGGAUCUAACAAGCUACACACUGAAUCCCGAGGUUUGGAAGGUCACAGAUGGGUAUAUUGACUUGAUGAGCGGGCCGGGUCUUGGCAUUGACAUCGACGAGGUACAGGUACGGGCCUUAUCAAAGGACUUCAAAGCGUGGGUAAGCCCAACAUUCUCUGGUCCAGGGAAUGAAUUGAGGGAGUGGUAAUAGAAAAUGUACUAUGAAGGACGGCCCUUGAUAAGUUAGCAGGUAGCCUUAGAAUAUCGCCGUAUCUGUAUAAUAUACCACGCCCAACCACCCAAGAACCUACCCCCCGUCUAAAUGGAUGUAGACUGUCAGUUGGGCACCUACUUAUACGAUAUCAUUAUCGAGCGUAUAUGUACCUACCUUAUAUUUAUUAGCCCAUUAGCUCCUCGGGCGGAAUACUACUUCGUAUCGUCUUG